AUGAUGGCGUGCCAGCGAAGAGCAGUGAUGAUGAGCUCGACAUUGCGGGUGGAUGAGCAGUACAGCGCUAGCGUUGCUAGACGUGUGCUGUGUAAUGCUAUGGCGUACGUGACGGUGUACGUAGAGUUGGGUGUAGAUGGUGACAAAGUGGAGAUGGGUGCGUUGCGUAAUAACGAGAUUCGUGACCAAGCCGACACAUCAAGCCGAAUCGUCGCCGUCAUCUUUUCGACAUGCCGAGAGAGCAAGCUUCUUCGGGAGGUGACGGGCUACGUGGCGGCCCGAGGGUUCGUGAAACAAACGGUUUGGAACCAUGGUAAAGCUCCGACAGCAGCUGCGCCGAAACGUGCUCGAGAUGCCAGGGCUGAGUUUACGCGCACCUGCAGCUCAGCGCGCGGGGCUCUAGGCUAUCGACCCGACAGCGUCUGGAAGCCGACGGAUGCACAGACGAUCAUAUUCCGACAAUGUGCGUCGAGCGUCGUCGUCGACCCUGAACAGGAUGAAGAGAGUACGAAGGCGACCUCCGCAUCCGCACUUUGA